AUGAACCACAAUUUGAGGAUCUGCGGCGGUUUAUUUGCUCCAACUGCCACGCGGUCGGUCUCUGAUGCGGCCCGUCGUGGUGUGCGGUAUCCUGCACCCCGCCGAGUCCGUGACGCAAGAGGCGGGGACGCGCAUUGCCGUGCAGUCAGCAGCGCCGCCCGCACCGCGUGGCUGAUGAAUGGCGGUGUUGGCGAGAGUUCUGGCCAUUGCUUGCGGAGGUUACGGGUCUCGCUCAGGCGAGGCCAAAUUGCCGCCCCACCCAAGCAGGUGGCUUCGGCUUGUUGGGGUUUCGGCACUGCGGCGUUGCUCGCACCUGUCGGGGCGGUGGUAUGA